GGUAACAGGUUGUAUGAGGCAGCGCGUAGCUGGUGUUGUCGGCGGUGCUGAGAUUAUAAUGGUGGGUGAAUAUUGAAUUUAAAGGCGUAUGAAGGAGAAAUAAAUCAGCGGAAACCCACAGCAGGGCUUUAGGACACUUCUGGAAGCGGACUGAAGCUGCAGCAUGUCUGCAUCCACAUCAGGCAGAAAGACUCCGGUGGAUUACGGGGUUCAGAUCCGCUUUAUAAAAGACCUGCACGAUACCGGAGGGGGUCACGGGGGUCAGUCCCGUCGCGAGGGGUCCAGCAAGUCCCCGUCCCGCUACGGCGUGGCCGUCAGGGUGCAGGGCAUCGCGGGACAGCCCUACGUAGUGCUGAAUGAGGGCGAGAAAGGAGACUCGUACGGCGUGCAGCUCAGAACUCAACCACGAGACGCUUCUUUAUCUUACAACAGCUUACCCAGAAGGAGGGAUGACGGGUCAGCGCCGGGUCAGUACCUCUCCUCCACGGAUGACAGUCCCCUGCGCCGGGCUCAGUCUCACGGCUCUCUGCUGGACCGAGACGGCAGCGACGACUUUGGCCGCGACGCCAGACGUCCUCCUGGAGACGGACGCUCCGGCAGCUACGGAAACCUGGACGCUGGGAUCGGCCUGGGUUCUGAGAGGGAGAGGGCGAGGGGAGGGAUGGAGCGGAACCAGUGGGGGGGUUCCCACCAGACCGGACUCAACGGUUCAGUGGAGAGAGAGACCCUGAGAGGGGGAAAUGUGCAAUACGCUGGUAGAACUGGUUCUAACCAGCAGUCACACUUCAGCAGACCCAGCAACAGCUCUUCAGGACCCGCUGGGAGUGUUGGGAGUGUUGGAAGCUCCUCCAGGGGGAGCUCUCCUGCUCUGGAUGCAGCAACACGACCAAACACCGCCUCAUCCACCCUCUCUUCUGCUCCAUCCAUGACUCUGAAUACCUACUCCUCUCCUCCAUCCUCCUCACCUGCUUCAGCGUACAGCAGCCUGGGCCGGACCACCGCAUCCGUCGCCAAGGUCAUGGCCGUCCCUUCCACCGGCGUGGCCAAUGAUUGGUCAGCAGUGGAUGCACACGUUACUCCUGAUCUUCUGAUGGAUCAGGGUCAGAGCUCGGGGUCGGAGAUCACCAGCGAGGAGGAUCAGAUCCAGCAGAUGAUCUACAGUGUGCUACGACAGGGGAGUAGCGAGAGCGAUGCUGCCCUUAAACGCAGAGUGCGCACCAUCUGUGACAAGAUCCAAGCACUUAAGGUGAACAGAUCAGACCCUGUUCUUCAAACUCAGCUGGAUCAGAGUCUGGAUGAAAAUGUGCAUCUCCAGGAACAACUGGGCCGGAAGAAGACUGAGCUGGAACAGACUCAUACUGAGCUGACUCAGCUGCGGAUGGACAGGGAGAACGCAGAGUCUCGGGUCAGACAGCUGGAGGAUCAGCUGGCAGGACUGCAGGACGAGCUGAGGAGAGAGGCUAACAACAGAGCUCAAACCGGCUCUAUAGAAGCGGAGUUGCUGGCUCUGCGCGCUGAGCUGGCUGAAGCUGCAGCGCUGCAUCAGAAACAGGAGGAGGUUCUGAGACAGAGGGAGCGAGAGCUGACCGCUCUGAAAGGAGCCCUGAAGGAGGAGGUGUCCACCCACGACCGAGAAAUGGAAACUCUGAGAGAGCAGUACAGCCAAGACAUGGAGAAACUCAGAACCAGCAUGGAGCAGGUUUCACAGUCUCAGGCUACUAUCGAAGCCGAGCGUCAGCACGUGAACUCGACAGUGCGCUCUCUACAGCAGCAGCUAGAGGAGAGUAAAGAGGAAGGAGGCCAUUGGAGAGGACAGUUUCAAAGCACCAGGGAGGAGCUUCGCAACACCAAGCAAGAGCUGCUUCAGGCCCGGCUUGAAAAAGAGGAGUUUGAGGAGGAGCUGAAGGAGCUUCAGGAGAGACUGAACGCCAUGAAGCAGCAGAUUCCUGAUGUCAAACAAUCUCAAUCUGUUAAUCAGGAACUGGAGCGAUGCCGGGCCAGCCUGAAACAAGCCCAAGCUGAGGUGGACAAACUGAAGACAGACCUGGAUAAAAAAACAAUGGAGAUUAUUUCAUUAAAAAGGACCAAUCAGGAGAUGGAUGCUGAGCAGAAAUACGAGAUUGACAGGCUGAAGGACCAAUCACGGAAGGACAGAGAGGAACUGACUAAAGUACACGAGAAGGCCAAGCAGCUUGCUGACCCUGCGCUGGUGGAGGCUCUGCGGGGGGAGCUGAGCUCUGCGAGAGGGGAGGUGGAGAAGCUCAGGAAUCAGCUGCUGUUCGCUGAGGAGGAGGUGCAGCGAGAGCGAGACGGACUGAGCUCCUCACAGACUCACCUACACACUCUCAGCAGCGAGAGAGACGAGCUGGAGGAGAAGAACAGCCGUCUGAGGGAGAAAAUUACCCGUCUGGAGGCGCAGCUGCAGGAGCGAGAGAGUCAGAGUCUGGAGGCGGAGCAGCAGCAGCAGGAGGAGAGCAGGAGGACGAGGCAGCAGCUGGACGAGGCCAAACGCCUCAACACCAAACUCAGCCAGGAGAGAGACGAGCUGACCCGUGCCGUGGACGAGAGAGACCGAGACAGAGAGACGCUCCGCAAAGAGAACUCGCAGCUGGACGAGCAGCGGAGACAACUCGAGAAAACACUCGACAAACUCAACAAAGAGAUUGAGCGCUUGUCUGCUGAUUCAAGUCAGUCGGUGCAGCUGCUUCAGUCUCAGCUGGAGGAGCAGAAGGAGAAAUGGAGGAAGGAGCAUCAGGAUCUGCAGAAAAGCAACAAGGAGAGAAUCAGUGAUCUGGAGAAAGCUCAGAUUACUGCCCGCUCUCUGCAGGAGGAACUGUCCCGGCUGAAGAAGGAGCUGUCGUCAUGCUGUGAGGAGAGAGAUAACGCUGUUCUGGAUAAAGAGCUCAUCACGAACCGUCUCCGACAUCUGGAAGGAGAGCUGGAGAGCCAGAGGAGCUCCUACAACGACCGCUCCCGCGACAUCCGCAGCAUGGAGGAUAAAGUGAAGCGCUUGGAGCUGGAGCUGGACGAGGAGAAGAGCAGCGUGGAGAUGCUGACUGACCGAAUCACCAGGAGCCGAGAUCAGAUUGAACAGAUGAGGGCUGAAUUAAUGCAAGAGAGAUCCUCCAAACAAGACCUAGAGCUGGACAAGAACGCCCUGGAGAGACAGAUAAAGGAAUAUAAGUCUCGGAUAGCAGAGAUGGAGGGCCAGUCUCGUAGCUCGGUUGGUGUUUCUCAGCUGGAGAGUCGACUGCAGGAGAUGGAGGAGCGGAUGAGAGCUGAGGAAAGAGAGAAAAACGGCGCUUUAUCCACUCAGCGUCGUCUGGAGAGGAAAGUGAAGGAGCUGAACAUCACUCUGGAUGAAGAACGGCAGCAGCUCUCAGAGCAGAGAGAUCAGCUGGCUCUGCGUGUGAAGGCUCUGAAGAGGCAGGUGGAUGAGAGCGAGAGCGAGGUGGAGCGGUUGGAGGGCUUACGGAGGAAAGCUGUUCGAGACACGGAGGAGCAGACGGAGCAGAAAGAGGCUCUUCAGACUCGAGUUACGGCUCUGGAGAACGAACUCAAGAGGAAGAUCCAGCAGGCCAGACACCUUUCCAUAGACUCCUCAGUCCUCAGCUCGGAGGACGACGACGACGAGGGGCUGUACGACCCCACCAGCAUCACCUCCAUCCUCACAGAGGGCAAUCUGCAGACCAGCUCCUGCUGAAACUAGUGGGAAAAAGAGGAGGAGGAGGAGGAGGAGAGGGCACUUGGAGCUGUUAGGACACGGAAAACUGGUGAAACCACUGGAUAUAUAUAAAAAAAUUAACUUAAAGAACACAUGAAGCAACAUAAAAAUAAAAAUCAUUUCAAAAUAAUACCUGUAGGAGCAAAGACGAUUUUGCAUUCAUGCUUUUGGAUCAGCAGAUUUGCACAUAUAGUGCAACAACACUAAUAUUAACAUAUUCUAAAAUGUGAAGGUGAAAAACUCUGUUAAAAAAAAUUCUGUUAAACCCCUUUUUACAGAUGUAAUAUUAUUAUUAUUAUUUUUUUUUGCCACCUAUUCUCUUAAUUUGCACUUAUUUCUCUAUAUUUACUGUUAGUUUGGCACACGUGGCUAGCUAAAGUAUCAAUAUUUGGGGGUUUUGUAUAUAAUAAACUGUAAGCAUUACUUAGUUGUGAAAGAAAAAUGGUAAAAAAAAGAUAUUUGUGGACACUUCUUCUUAAUGAAUGAGUUUAGCUGCUACUAUUAUAUAGCACAUAUUUUUAUUAUAUUGUUGAAACAGAUGUGCAAACCUAUAAACAAAGCUCGUUUAGUCUUUGUGGAGAAGAAGUACUGCCAAAAGAAUAGGACUAUCUGAAGAAAACGAACAUGAACUGGAAUGGGCUAUUAGUUUAGCUAAAUCAGGGAGAAAAAAAAUAUAUACAUAUAUAUAAAAUAAUAAAUUAAUUCAUUUGAUGUAGAACUCAAAUGCCGUUUCCCAUUUUGAUUUACUUUUGAUGUGUUUUUUUUUCUCUCAACAAGUAUGAUCACAUUUACCCCUAUUUGAAAUAGGUCUUUAUAAGGCUAUAAAAACCCUUUAUAAAAAGCUUUAUGAAAUCUUUCAGCGAAGUUUUGCUCACCUUUUCUGAGCCUCUCUUUUUUUUUUUUUUUUUUUUACAAACCUGCUGAUCCAAAAUAAAAUAAAUUCAGAAAUUCAAUUCAAUUCAACUAUAUUUAGAUCAAAAUAUGGGUACCACUUUAAAAUAAGACUACCUUUAUAAAGGGUUUAUAAAUGAUUUACAAUUAGUUUAUUAAUGGUUACUAAUUAGGUUGAAAAUGCCUUAAAAAUCAUUAAUAAUCAGUUAUAACACAUACGUUGAAAAAGCAAAUGCAAAUGACCUGUUGUUUGCCAAAUAUUGAACCCACAGCCUUCUAUAUUGUUGGCCUUUCUAAAUAUGUGUUAUAACUGAUUAUUAAUGAUUUUUAAGGCAUUUACAACCUAAUUACUAACCACUAAUAAACUAAUUAUAAACCAUUUAUAAACCCUUCAUAGGUAGCCUUAUUUUAAAGUGGUACCAAAAUAUGUACCUGGUGUAGGAAAGCUCACAAACUGAAACAUUUUACCUCAAAGCUAAAUAAAUAAAUGAAUAAAUAAAUAAAUAAUAUAAAGCAGUAAAGUCUUUAGAAAUAGACCCGUGAAUCAUCAGUCUUUCAGCUUUUACAGGA